GCGAGAUGAGGGACAGCCAUUUUUUUCCAUUGAUUACUGCUGCCUGUUAGUGGUGCAAUUGAGAGCUACAGUCAGGUUGCUGUCAUUGCGUUUAUUUUUAUUUUCGCUGGUGUUUAUUGUUGUUUUUUGUUUUGCACAAUGGUUUGUUGCGCUUUUUGUUCCUGACCUACGGCUUUGGAAUUAUUUUGUCUGUAGUUCACACUGUUCAUGGAAAUGGUUCCCAGCGAAGACAACCAAGUCUUACCCAAAGAGGGUAUGUUUUGGAGUUGCAGACAGAGUGUCUUUGAGGAAUUGAAGAAGAAAUUUGCUCAGUAUGAAAAUGCUGCAGAUGAGCCCAGAGUUCUGUGCAUAAUUCAGGAUACUACUAAUAGCAAGACCGUGAAUGAACGCAUCACUUUUAAUUUACCUGCUUCAACUCCAGUCAGGCGAUUGUUUGAAGAUGUAGCUACCAAAGCAGGCUAUAUAAUUGGAACAUUUGAUCUAGUAUGGGAAAAUGGAAUGGAAGCUACAGAUAUGCCUCCUUUGGAUCAUAAAAGCGAGCAAGAUCUUGUUAAGGCUGGAUUUGAAGCAGGGAGGAAGAAUUUUUUGCAGUUAACAGAUAAAGAUGGUGAACAACCUCAGGUUAUCUCGGAUGAAUCGGGGACAGCAGACAGCAGCGGCCUUGAUGACAGCUCUCAGGAAAGAUUCAUUGGCCCUUUACCAAGAGAAUGCUCCAUUGGUUGCAGCAGUGAUUACAGCAGCCACAGCUAUCCUUACUCCUCUUUACUAAGCAAGUCUGAAACAGGCAAGAUAUUUAUUGUGAAUGAAGCACUAAAUUGUCACUUGAACACAACUUCCCAGAUGGCAUUCCUCACCCCAGAAAAGCAGCAUGCUCUAUUUAAGUGGGAGUUUGAGGAGUCAGAAGAUGACCCUGUAACCAGUAUCCCAUACCAAAUUCAAAGGCUGUUUAUUUUACUUCAGACUAGCAAGAAAAGAGCAAUUGAAACAACAGAUUUGACAAGAAGCUUCGGAUGGGACAGUAGUGAAGCCUGGCAGCAGCACGAUGUACAAGAGCUUUGUCGAGUCAUGUUUGAUGCAUUGGAACAGAAGUGGAGGCAAACUGAGCAGGCCGAUCUCAUUAAUAUAUUGUAUCAAGGAAAACUAAAAGACUAUGUCCGUUGUCUAGACUGUGGCCACGAGAGCUGGAGAACUGACACUUACCUUGACAUCCCCCUGGUUAUAAGGCCAUAUGGGUCAAGUCAAGCAUAUGGUAGUGUGGAAGAAGCAUUACAUGCAUUUAUUCAACCUGAAACCCUCGAUGGACCCAAUCAGUAUUUUUGUGAACGCUGUAAGAAGAAGUGUGAUGCACGCAAGGGCUUUAGAUUUUUGCACUUUCCGUAUGUGUUAACCCUUCAGCUGAAAAGAUUUGACUUUGACUACACCACUAUGCAUAGAAUUAAACUUAAUGAUCGCAUGACUUUUCCUGAAGAACUCGAUAUGAGCAUAUUUAUUGAUCUUGAUGAAGAGAAAUCACCCCAAACAGAAAGUUGCACAGACAGUGGAGCAGAAAAUGAAGGCAGUUGUCAUAGUGAUCAGCUGAGUAACGAUUUUUCCAAUGAUGAUGGUGUUGAUGAAGGAAUAUGUCUUGAUACCAGCAACAGCACAGACAGAGCAUGCAAGUCAAACACUGAAAAGGGUUCUUUGGUGUAUGAGCUGUUUUCUGUAAUGGUUCAUUCUGGGAGUGCUGCAGGAGGCCACUAUUAUGCUUGCAUCAAGUCUCUUAGUGAUGGACAGUGGUACAGCUUCAAUGACCAGCAUGUCAGUAGAAUUACUCAGGAUGACAUUAAGAAGACAUAUGGUGGAUCUUCAGGAAGUAGGGGUUACUACUCCAGUGCCUUUGCAAGUUCAACAAAUGCAUAUAUGCUGAUGUUCAGACUGAAGGACCCUUCGAGAAAUGCAAAAUUCUUGGAAGUUGAAGAAUUUCCAGAGCACAUCAAGCGCCUGGUAAGGAAGGAAAAAGAUUUAGAAGAACAAGAAAAAAAGCAGCGUGAAAUUGAACGCAAUACAUGUAAGAUAAAGUUGUUUUGUCUGCAUCCUCAGAAGAAAGUUAUGAUGGAAAAAAAGCUUGAGGUUCAUAAAGACAGAACGCUGAAGGAGGCAGUGGAAAUAGGGUACAAGCUUAUGGACUUAGAAGGAGUGUUGCCCCUGGACUGCUGUCGCUUGGUUAAAUAUGAUGAGUUUCAUGAUUAUUUGGAGAGAUCAUAUGAAGAUGCAGAAGAUACUCCUAUGGGACAUUUAUUAGGUGGAGUUAAGUCUUCAUACAUGUUUGACCUGCUGUUGGAAACAAGAAGACCAGAUCAGGUUUUUCAGUCAUACAAACCUGGAGAAGUGAUGGUAAAAGUACACGUUGUGGAUUUGAAAACAGAAACAAUAUCUCCUCCCAUCAGUGUGCGAGCUUACCUGAAUCAGACAGUCUUGGAGUUCAAACAGCUUAUUUCACAGGCUACUGACCUGCCUGUUGAAACAAUGAGAGUAGUUUUGGAGCGUUGUUAUAAUGAUUUACGCUUGUUGAAUGUACUUAAUAAAACAUUGAAAAUGGAGGGCUUCUUCAGAAGCAAUAAGGUGUUUGCUGAAAGCUCAGACUUACCAGAUCGCCAUCUUACAUUUACUGAUUCUCACUUGUGGAACCUGCUGGAUCGAAAUGCAAAUACGAUAAGAUUGUACGCUUCAUUGCCAGAACAGUCUCCAGGGUCUCAGGGAGCCAAGCACUUUACUCAUAAAUGUAGAGGUAACCCAUGUAAUUCUGAGGAUACGUAUGAAAAAGGUAAAACAUGCACAAGUAACAGAAAGUCAGUGGAAGCUAUUUUGGAAGAAAGCACAGAAAAACUGAAAAACAUUUCACUGCAGCAACAGCAGGAUGCUGGUAGUAAAGACAUUGUAAAAGGUCUGGACUCCAGUGACUUUGAAAAUAUUGAUUCACCUUCAUAUGAGGCAGACUCUUUAAGUCGUAAAGAACUUGAUAAACAGAUAGCAACCUCUGAUCCAGAAAAUAAUUUUCAGUCAGAAGAGAGGUCAGACUCUGAUGUAAAUAAUGACCGAAGCACAAGUUCAGUGGACAGUGAUAUUCUAAGUUCAAGUCACAGUAGUGACACACUGUGCAAUGCAGAAAAUGCUCAAAUCCCACUAGCUAAUGGAUUAGACUCGCACAGCAUCACCUGCAGUAGAAGAUCAAAAGCAAAUGAAGGAAAAAAAGAAACAUGGGAUACAGCAGAAGAAGAUUCUGGGACAGAUAGUGAGUAUGAUGAAAAUGGGAAAAGCAGGAUAGAGACCGAUUACAUGUACUUCAAGGCAGAACCCUAUUCACUGGAGGAGGGGUCUGGUAACGGCCAAACAUGUUUACUGGUGCAUGUUGAUAAACGAAUUACACUGGCUGCCUUCAAACAAAACUUGGAACCCUUUGUUGGCGUUCCUUCCUCCCAGUUCAAGGUCUUCCGUGUUUAUGCAAAUAAUCAAGAGUUUGAAAGCGUCCGACUGAAUGAGUCAUUGUCAUCAUUCUCUGAUGACAGCAAGAUAACUAUCAAGCUUGGAAGAGCACUAAAGAAGGGAGAAUACAGAGUCAAAGUUUACCAGCUUCUAAUUAAUGAAUCAGAGCCGUGCAAGUUUCUGAUGGAUGCAGUGUUUGCUAAAGGAAUGACUGUGCGACAGUCCAAAGAAGAACUUCUGCCACAACUCAGGGAGCAGUGUGGAUUAGACCUCAGCAUUGACAGGUUUCGUCUACGAAAGAAAACAUGGAAGAACCCUGGUACUGUAUUUCUAGAUUAUCAUGUCUAUGAAGAAGACAUUAGCAUUUCAAGUAACUGGGAAGUAUUUCUGGAAAUACUCAAUGAACCUGAGAAGAUGAAAUCUAUGUCACAACUAGCUGUCUUGACAAAACGUUGGUGGCCUUCUAAAAUGAAACUGGAUUGCUUCCAAGAAGUUGUAUUAGAAAGCAGCAGUGUUGAUGAACUAAAAGAAAAGCUAAGUGAAGGAAGUGAAAUCCCUCUAGAAAACAUUGAGUUUGCAAAGGGCCGGGGUACAUUUCCCUGUGACAUCUCAGUACUGGAGAUAAAUCAGGAGUUAGACUGGAAUCCAAAGGUGUCAACUCUAAAUGUUUGGCCUCUCUAUAUUUGUGAUGAUGGAGCUGUCAUUUUCUACAGGGAUAAAACAGAAGAACCAAUGCAAUUAACAGAUGAACAGAGGAAUGAGCUGAUGAAGAAGGAAAGUAGUAGGCUUCAGAAAACAGGACACCGUGUAAGCUAUUCACCACGUAAAGAGAAAGCGUUAAAAAUUUAUCUGGACGGUGCCCCAAAUAAGGACAGCAGUCAAGACUGAUGUGAAAUUUAGCAUUUUCCUGGAAUUUAAGUGGCUUGCUACUGCUGUGUAAUGCCAUUAUUGCAGGACUUUUGUUAGGUGUAAACCAAUGACACCAGCACUGGUUGGCUUGCAGUUCACCAAUCAGAAGCCUAGUGCCCGUUAGGGCAACUGUUUGACUUGGAAUCAUGUUGUGCACUAUAGUCUAAUGUACUGUAAAGUUUUAAGGGAAGUGCAAAAUGAAAUUAUAAAAAAAAGAAUGAACAUUCUGUGGACAGAGAUGUGCAUAUAGUAGCUAUAAAGUCUAACCUCAGACAGGAAAUUCAUAGCUGAGUUAUAGCUGUGCAGUGGCCAUGGAUUUUUUCUAUUUGUUUCACAGAUGUACACAUUACCUCGUUAAGAAAUAUAUUGGGGGUCUGGGAUGACAGUAGAAGAACUACAGGGGUUAAGGACCGGGCAGGACCAUGAAAGUAUAAAAUAUUUGUAAAUUAAAAGUUUAUUUUGGCAUAUACAUUGUACUUCUACAGGUGAGAAUUGCCUGAAAUUAUUGUUUGAAAUUUUGGGCAGUUUCCCUUUAUCUUUAUUAUUUUUUUGAAGAACUGAUUCUCUGACAUGUAAUACUGAACCCUACUAUUUUGUGUGUAAAUAGCUGUUCCCAAAUCAUUGCAACAGCAAUCAGUGGUUUGGGUAGCAUUUAAGUUAAUGUGUUAAUUUGAUUUUCUUUCCUCACAUAUCAGAUUGUGUGCACAUUUUAAAGUCUGUCUAUUUAAGUUUUCUCCUUCAUCUAUAAAGCCUGUGCUGGUACUGAAAUCAUAAGCUUCAUCAAGGAUCUUUUGUCAAGCUGCUUUAAGUUUUGUACAUUUGAUGACUGUUUUCAAAUUUGAAUAUUGUACUGCAAUACACAGAUUUUAAUAUUUGAUUAAGUAAAUUCUUUACUUUAAAUAGGCAAUAUUUCUGGAAUCUUUUAACACUCUGAAAGAAACUUGCUAAUGGAGUAGUUUAUGAGAUCACACCACUACUACUCUUGUCCCAGAAAAAGAACAGAAACAGAAUGAUUUACUUUCUGUAUUAAGAUCAACUGAAAAUAGUUUUACAUAGUAGAAAAGUAUUUGCUAAUUUAUAUAACUGUACCAUCCAGAUGGUCACGGUGAACCUUUUCUUGCUGGAUGCAGUUUACAGUAAAGGACAUACCAAUAAAAAUCUCUAUUUUGUUUCUUUU